AUGGCUUCGGAUGCUUCGAGUGCCCUGCGGGAGGUCAUGCAGAAUACCACUGUACCUGUCGUGCCAUCUCUGCUCCCUGAUACCGAGCCGUCUUCUAUUGGUUCGACAGCGGCCUUGAUCUUGGCUGUCUUCACCAUGCUACCCAGCCUUCUCCUGUGGUUCAUCGCUUUCUUGACCAUUACUUUACCAACAUGGUUGUUUACAUUUUUGUCUACGAGUCUGACAUUGACUGUCAAUAUGACUACCGUCGUAUUGAUCUUGAUCUUCUUUGUCUCGACUGCUAGUUGGGUCGUCCGCUAUCGCUUCUUGAACAUGUAUUCGCGUCUACCUCCGGAGCCCCAACGCAAAGAACCUCAGGUCGAAGUCUUCCCAGAUACUCAAGAGACAGACUCCAAGCAAGGUCUGGCAAACUAUCUCGAUGAAUUUUUGAGUGCCAUCAAGGUUUUCGGUUAUCUCGAACGUCCCGUGUUCCACGAGCUCACCCGGACCAUGCAAACAAGGAAACUUAUCGCUGGGGAAACUAUUCUGCUGGAAGAGGAGAAAGGCUUUUGCUUGGUUGUGGAUGGCUUGGUUCAGAUUUUCGUCAAAUCGAACAAGGACCGGGAGGAAGAUCCAUCAACCGGCAGGACCACUCCCGAAGAGACUGGUGUUGAUGAAGAAGGACGUAUACACGGCAAUCAAGGGUACCAAUUAUUGACCGAGGUCAAAAAUGGUGCACCCAUGUCUUCGUUGUUCUCCAUCUUGUCUCUCUUCACAGAGGAUGUCAAGCUGCGUCAUGACGAGAAGGAUGUCGAAGUAGCCUCAGGCCUACGAGAUGGCGGCCAACCUCAGACACCACGAUCAAUUCGACACAGCGGUACUGCCACUCCUUUGUCGCCUAUCGUCAGCCCCAAUCUGACUGCUACCGGAGCAGAGCCUCAUACAGUUCUUCAUGGCCUUGAUGCUGCAUCCUUUGCUCAGAGCGCAGUACCUGCAUUCUCCUUGAAUGAUCCUAAUGAGGCAGGUCCUGAGCCCAAGUCGAGACAGGGCAGCAGCCAUAGUAGUCGCAGACAAUCUACCAAGCACAUAUCCGCCCAUCCGGACAUUGUUGCAAGAGCUUCUGUCGAUACCACAAUCGCUAUCAUUCCAGCAACUGCUUUCCGACGACUGACCCGUGUCUACCCAAAAGCAACUUCUCACAUCGUUCAAGUCAUCCUUACCCGACUUCAACGUGUCACGAUGGCGACUGGCCACCAAUAUCUUGGCCUCACUGGUGAGGUUCUGCGCACCGAGAGGCUCAUGGAUGGUUACACUGCAUACGAUCUUCCAGACUUCUUGAAAGGAGAUGCCAUGGAGAGACUGAAAGGCAAGUUUACCAAAGAGAAGGAGCGUACUGGACCCGAAGAGAUCUCCAAGGGAAUCGCCCUGCAUAACCCUCGUGCUGGGCAAAGAAAGAAGACAGCAACUGGUCUGCGUAAAGAAGCCGUUCUUCAUGCGCAAGCUAUGCCUAGCAGCCGUCGUGGUGGUGGUGGGAGAAGCGAGUCUAUUCACACGCCUACCCGCACUAGCAGACCUGUUCCAGAGCGAGCUCCUCUGUCGCCUGACCCUGGAACAGACAGAUCGGGUGUCAGUGCUGGAGAUCUGCUGACCAACAACAACAACGUGGCAAGACAAGGUGGUCGCAGGAACAUGGCGCCAUACUCGUUACCCUUCCAAACUCCGAAACCUCUUGGAAGAGAUGCCAUGAGCCCUAUGGCUAGCAGAAACUUCAACCCAUUCGAUGCUCAUAUCAAGACUAUGCGUCGUCAAGACUCGGUGGACGAAGACAUGAUCUUCAGAGAAUCCAUCCUCGACUGUAUGUUCAAGGCCAUUGGACUCACUAACACGAAAGACGGACUUUCAAAAGUGGACUCUCUACCACAAUCACCCAAACUUGUUUCUUAUGACUCCAAACGACAGAAAGCUGUCUUCAACAAUGCGUUUGGCUUCAUUGAUCCAUUCGAUCCCAAUGAUGGCGAAACCGAGUCCGUUGCGUCAACGGCUUUCAGCGCGACUGGCAACAUGAACAUCUUAGAAGACAUGAAAGAGGAAGUUGAGAUUGUUUUCUUCCCAAAAGGCUCUGUUCUUGUCGAACAAGGCGAGCGCAACCCUGGACUUUACUAUGUCAUCGAUGGCUUCCUUGAUGUCAGUGUGCCUCUCGAGGAGUCCGAGGCUGCAGAGUCCAAUAUCUUUGGUACCUCCGCUGAUGCUGACUUGGACGGCGAGCCUCAAACUAUUAGAUCAUCGGGAGGCAGAAACAUAGGCAGUGUUCGAAGACCCAGCUCUCUCUCGCUCAACCCGAAGCCACCCAAUAAACCACGCAAGAGAAAACAAAAAAGUCUCUUCUUGACCAAGCCCGGCGGACUGGCUGGUUACCUCGGAACUGUCUCCUCAUACCGCUCGUUCAUCGAUGUUACCGCCAAGACGGACGUCUAUGUGGGCUUCCUCCCAAGAGCAGCUGUAGAGAAGAUCGUGGAAAGAUUCCCAAUUGUGCUACUUACCAUAGCCAAACGUCUCACUACCCUGCUUCCGAAGCUCAUCUUGCACAUUGACUUUGCUCUGGAAUGGGUUCAGGUAAAUGCUGGCCAAGUCAUCUACAACCAGAAAGAAGAGAGCGAUGCCAUCUAUAUUGUGCUCAACGGCAGAUUGAGAGCAAUCCAAGAGGGACCUGACGACAAGAUGAGAGUUAUUGGUGAAUACGGUCAAGGCGACAGUGUGGGUGAGCUUGAAGUCUUGACCGAAUCUACAAGACCAGGAACACUAUUGGCCAUUCGUGAUACGGAGCUUGCAAAGUUCCCCAAGUCACUCUUCAACAGUCUUGCCCACGAACAUCCUGGCAUCACGAUGAAAAUCUCCAAAAUCAUCGCAUCUCGCAUGCGCGCGCUGAUUGAGGAUCCCACUUCAGAGCACGGCAAGGAUACAAGCAGGAUUGCGACUCGUAAUAAGGCCUCAUCGACUACGAACCUGCGCACUGUUGCAAUUCUGCCUGUUACAGGGGGCGUGCCUGUAGUCGAGUUUGGUCACCGCUUGCUCAAUGCUUUGAACCAGAUUGGUGCUACACCACAGAGAGCCACUUCGCUAAACCAGGCGGCCAUUUUAAACCAUCUUGGCAGACAUGCAUUCACCAAGAUGGGCAAACUGAAGCUGUCCCAGUACUUGGCUGAUCUUGAAGAGAAGUUUGCACUGGUCUUGUAUGUUGCUGACACUAACGUCAAGUCGCCCUGGACGCAAACCUGUAUUAGUCAGGCAGAUUGCAUCCUUCUUGUGGGUCUAGCAGAAGGGUCACCUGCCAUCGGCGAGUACGAACGCUUCCUUCUCACGACGAAGACCACGGCGAGAAAGGAGCUCGUCUUGUUACACGCCGAGAGAUAUUGCCAUCCUGGUCUCACACGCAAGUGGCUGAGGGAUCGUUCGUGGAUCAAUGGAAGUCAUCACCAUAUUCACAUGUCAUUCCGUGACAAUGUUGAGCCAGUUCAUCCUCAGGUCAGAAGAUUUAGUACUGCCAUCAAACAGCGUGUCCAGGUCAUCCAGGCCGAGAUUCAAAAGUACACUUCAAGGAAGGUACGACAGACGCCUUUGUAUUCAGCCGAAACUCCGUUCAAGGGUGAUUUCCAUCGCCUGGCUCGCCGUCUUCUUGGCAAGUCUGUUGGCCUCGUGCUUGGUGGAGGUGGUGCCAGAGGUAUUGCUCAUGUGGGUAUUAUCAAAGCGAUGGAAGAAGCUGGAAUCCCUAUCGACAUUGUUGGAGGAACAUCAAUUGGUUCGUUCAUAGGUGCACUCUAUGCAUGGGACGCCGAUGUGGUUCCCAUGUAUGGUCGAGCCAAGAAGUUUUCAGGAAGGAUGGGUAGUAUGUGGAGAUUUGCUCUGGACUUGACCUAUCCAUCCGCGUCCUACACUACCGGCCACGAGUUCAAUCGUGGUAUCUUCAAGACAUUCGGUGACUCUCAGAUUGAAGACUUCUGGCUUGAGUACUACUGCAACACCACAAACAUCACCAAGUCACGAUCUGAGAUUCAUACUAGUGGCUACGCUUGGCGCUAUGUUCGUGCCUCUAUGUCCCUCGCUGGUCUCCUACCUCCACUUUGUGACGAAGGCAACAUGCUGCUUGACGGUGGUUACGUUGACAACUUGACCGUCGCCCACAUGAAAUCGCUUGGUGCAGAUGUCAUCUUCGCUGUCGAUGUCGGAGCAAUCGACGACGAUAAUCCUCAAGCCUAUGGUGAUUCACUUUCUGGAUUCUGGGCUUCUUUCAAUCGUUGGAACCCAUUCUCUUCAUACCCCAACCCUCCUACCCUUUCUGAAAUUCAAGCUCGCCUAGCAUAUGUGUCUAGUAUUGAUGCGCUUGAGCGUGCCAAGACCACACCUGGAUGCUUGUAUCUUCGUCCGCCAAUCGAUGGAUAUGGUACACUCGAAUUCGCCAAGUUUGACGAGAUCUACCAGGUUGGUUACAAGUACGGACAGGAGUUCUUGGCUAAGCUGAGGGAAGAGGGUGUUCUGCCAGUGAUGGAAGAGACCGAGGAGAGGAAGAACUUGAGAAGAACCAUGGCGCCCCGACGUGCGAGUAUCUAA